UUGGUCCCCGGCGGGGCCGGGGGCGGGCUCGGGCCGGAACUUCAGAGGCGACCUCAGCCAACUGCUCUUGCGCCGGGCGGGGCCGUCGCCGCCAGCGGCUCGGAGCGCCGGAAGCGCCGAGUUUCAGGGUUCCUGGAACUACAGGCGGCGGGAGGGGCUGCAAAUGCUUGACUCAGUGAUGCAGAACUUUCAGGGUUAGCUGGAAGCCACAGCCCAGCCUCUUGAUGCAGCCUGGAUCCAGCCGGUGUGAAGAGGAGACCCCUUCCCUCUUGUGGGGUUUGGAUCCUGUGUUUCUAGCCUUUGCAAAGCUCUACAUCAGGGAUAUCCUGGACAUGAAGGAGUCCCGCCAGGUGCCAGGUGUAUUUUUGUACAAUGGACAUCCAAUAAAACAGGUAGAUGUCUUGGGAACCGUCGUUGGAGUGAGAGAAAGAGAUGCUUUCUACAGUUAUGGAGUGGAUGACAGCACUGGAGUUAUAAACUGCAUCUGCUGGAAAAAGUUGAAUACUGAGUCCGUGUCAGCUGCUCCAAGGGCAGCAAGAGAGCUCAGCUUAACCUCGCAACUUAAGAAGCUACAAGAAACCAUUGAGCGGAGAACAAAGAUAGAGAUUGGGGACACGAUCCGAGUCAGAGGCAGUAUCCGUACAUACAGAGAAGAGCGAGAGAUUCAUGCCACCGCUUACUAUAAAGUGGACGACCCAGUGUGGAACAUUCAAAUUGCAAGGAUGCUUGAGCUGCCCACUAUCUACAGGAAAGUUUAUGACCAGCCUUUUCGCAGCUCAGCCCUAGAGAAAGAAGAAGCACUAAGCAAUCCAGGCGCCCUGGACCUCCCCAGUCUCACGAGUUUGCUGAGUGAAAAAGCCAAAGAAUUCCUCAUGGAGAACAGAGUGCAGAGCUUUUACCAGCAGGAGCUGGAAAUGGUGGAGUCUUUGCUGUGCCUUGCCAAUCAGCCUGUGAUUCACAGUGCCUGCUCCGACCAAGUGAAUUUUAAGAAGGACACCACUUCCAAGGCAAUUCAUAGUGUAUUUAAGAAUGCUAUACAACUGCUGCGGGAAAAAGGACUUGUUUUCCAGAAAGAUGAUGGUUUUGAUAACCUGUACUAUGUAACCAGAGAAGACAAAGACCUGCACAGAAAGAUCCACCAGAUCAUUCAGCAGGACUGCCAGAAACCAAAUCACAUGGAGAAGGGCUGUCACUUCCUGCACAUCUUGGCCUGCGCUCGCCUGAGCAUUCGCCCGGGCCUGAGUGAGGCUGUGCUGCAGCAGGUUCUGGAGCUCCUGGAGGACCAGAGUGACAUCGUCAGCACAAUGGAGCACUACUACACGGCGUUCUGAGCAGAGACACGCAGACCAGCUGAGGAGGACAAAGAUAAGGUGGCAUUCACUCCCAGGCUCUGACUUUCAACAUCAUGCAGGGGCUUGUCUGUCUGGAGGCAGUUACCUCAUAAUAAACUAUAAAAUAUGGUCAUUUUGGGAAUGGGAUUUGGCAUAAAUGUGGUUGGCUGCCUUCUGUC